GCCAAAGUUAGACGAUAGAAACAUUAAAAAUGUUUAAGAAUCACCUGACUUUAAUACUCUGUCUGACAGCAGCGUUUCUGAUUGUCGAGGGGCAAUCGAGAAUGUGUAGCAAGUCCAUACCGGAAACAUACUUGGUGACCGAUCAAAUAACUUAUAGUUAUGUUACAAAAGAUAAUGAAGGUCUACAGUCGCACAAACAGUUCAAGGUGAUAACACGAGUUGCUAUGAGGACCCGUCAGUUGACUUUCCGUUGCCAUGGAAACUGGCAGGCCGAGGAUAACCAGGAAAAUUCUAACCGAUAAACAACCAAACAGUUGCGUAGUAAGUACGUUAUUUACGAGUUUGGAUGUAAAUAUAAAUAAAUGAUGUA